UGCAUAAAUUCUCCAUUGGCGUCCGUAGCGACAGAUGAAGGGUCCAUCUGAACCGACCGGCGUGACGCCUUUCUUAAGAGCUGCAGCUGCCUCCUCCUGCUGCUGCUCAGGGUGAAGCACAUCACGGCAGCAGGAUGUUCCGAGCUAUGCAGCGUGUUCUCACGGGGAAGAGCCGAGCGGAGCCAGCCUGCUUGUCUGCCUUCGUCAACCACUUCUCUGCAGCUUCAGAUUCUCAGAGGCUGGCGGGAAAGGUGGCCGUCAUCACCGGGGGUGCCAGCGGCAUCGGCAAGGCGACCGCCGCCGAAUUUGUCAGGAACGGCGCGAGGGUCAUCAUCGCCGACGUGCAGGACGACCUCGGCCGCUCCGUCGCCGCGGAGCUCGGCCCAGACGCCGCGUGCUACACCCGCUGCGACGUCACCGACGAGGCGCAGGUCGCCGCUGCCGUUGACCUCGCCGUCGAGCGGCACGGGCGCCUCGACGUUGUCUUCAACAACGCCGGGAUCGGGGGCAACGUGGCACCGGUCCCGCUGGCCUCCCUGGACCUGGACGACUUCGAUCGCGUCAUGGCGACCAACGCCCGGGCAGUGGUCGCGGGGGUCAAGCACGCUGCGCGCGUCAUGGUCCCGCGCCGCAGCGGCAGCAUCAUCUGCACGGCCAGCACCGCCGGUGUGAUUGGAGGCGUGGCCAUAACGCCGUACGGCAUCUCGAAGGCGGCGAUCCUCGGCCUUGUCCGCACCGUGGCUGGAGAGAUGGCGCGCUCCGGCGUGCGCGUGAACGCCAUCUCGCCCAACUACAUCCCGACGCCGCUGGUGAUGGGCGCCAUGGCCCAGUGGUUCCCCGAGAUGAGUGCCGAGGAGCGUAGGCGGAUCAUCGAGAGGGACAUGAACGAGAUGGACGGACCGGUGCUGGAGGCGGAGGAUGUGGCGAAGGCGGCGCUGUACUUAGCUUCCGAUGAGGCCAAGUACGUGAACGGGCACAACCUCGUCGUCGAUGGCGGGUUCACGGUGAGCAAAGCGCCGAACAUGCCGGCGCCAUCAUGCUGAGGAGUCCACAUCAAUGAAUUUUGUGGCAUCUUUCCGGAAUAACUUGCAUUGUAUCGCAUGGAAUAGUACAAAGUUUAGUUGUGCAACGCGUUGCUGAACUCUGUGAUAAUGACUUCUUGUAAUAAAAUAUGGGCGUUGCUUCUUUUUUUCA